AUGUCCAACGGGCACGCGACCGCAAAAGUGGAGGAUGCUUCCAAGGCACUCGAGCUGCUGGCAUCCUACAAGGCCAAGGAUGGCAUCUCAGUCCAAGAGUUGAUGGAUGAGAACAAGACGGGCGGCCUGACAUACAAUGAUUUCCUCCUCCUUCCGGGCUACAUUGGCUUCUCCGCUGCCACCGUCGACCUCACCUCGAAACUCACGCGCAACAUUACCCUCAAGACGCCCUUUACCUCCUCCCCCAUGGACACCGUCACCGAGCACAACAUGGCCAUCCACAUGGCUCUCCUGGGCGGUGUCGGGGUCAUUCACCACAACUGUUCAAUCGAAGAGCAGGCUGAAAUGGUGCGCAAGGUCAAGCGAUUCGAGAACGGCUUCAUUACCGAUCCCGUGGUCAUAUCCCCCAGCACCACCGUCGCCGAUGCCAUUGCUUUGAAGGAGAAGUGGGGCUUUGGUGGAUUUCCCGUCACCGAGGACGGCUCUCUCCGCAGCAAGUUGAUCGGAAUUGUCACUCCCCGUGACACGCAAUUUCACUCCAACCUCGACUCGCCCGUCACCGAAAUCAUGUCCCGCGAUCUCGUUACCGCCAAGGAGGGUGUCUCUCUCGCCGAAGCCAAUUCAAUCCUCUCGAAGUCGAAGAAGGGCAAGCUCCCCAUUGUUGACGGUCAAGGCAACCUCAUCUCUCUCCUCUCCCGCAGUGAUUUGAUGAAGAACCUCAACUACCCGCUCGCGACAAAAGUCCCCGGCACCAAGCAGCUCCUAUCUGCCGCCGCCAUUGGAACAAGGGAGAAUGACAAGGAGCGUUUGGCUGCUCUCGUUGAGGCCGGUCUGGACGUUGUCAUCCUCGACUCGUCUCAGGGGAACAGCAUGUACCAGCUCGGCAUGAUCAAGUGGAUCAAGGAAAACUACCCAAAGGUCGACGUCAUCGGCGGCAACGUCGUCACUCGCGAUCAGGCUGCCUCCCUCAUUGCCGCCGGUGUCGAUGGUCUUCGUAUUGGAAUGGGUGCUGGAUCAGCUUGCAUCACCCAAGAAGUCAUGGCUGUAGGCCGUCCUCAAGCCACAUCCGUUUUCCGCGUCACUGAAUUCGCCGCACGUUUUGGAAUCCCUUGUAUCGCUGACGGCGGUAUCCAAAAUAUUGGCCACAUUGUCAAGAGUUUGGCAUUGGGAGCCAGCACUGUCAUGAUGGGUGGUCUCCUCGCCGCCACGACCGAGUCUCCGGGAGCAUAUGUCGUCGGCCCAGACGGUCAGCUCCGCAAGACAUACCGCGGAAUGGGCUCCAUUGACGCCAUGGAGGACAAGAAGGCUGGCGGAGCAGGCGACAAGACCAACAACACUGCCAAGAACGCUGGAACUGCACGAUACUUUUCAGAGGGUGAUAAGCUAUUGGUCGCGCAGGGUGUUAGUGGAAGUGUAUUGGACAGGGGUAGCUUGACCAAGUUCCUGCCAUACCUGAUGACGGGUGUGCAGCAUUCUUUGCAGGACAUUGGUGUGGAGAGUCUGGUGGAGUUGCAGACAGCGGUUAAGCAGGGCGAUGUGAGGUUCGAGUUCCGCACGGCGAGUGCCCAGGCCGAGGGUAACGUCCAUGGUAUGGUUGGUGUAGAGAAGAAGUUGUACAGUUAG